AUGAAUAUAAUCUGUGGAAUAUGCAUCAUUUUUUUAUAUAAUCUGUAUUUAUGUUGUAGUGUGAACGUCGGGUGCGGUCAGGCCGAGGAGCGCGUACUGUUGACGGGCCUGCACGCGGUCGCUGACAUCUACUGCGAGUGUUGCAAGACCAUGCUGGGGUGGAAAUAUGAGUACGCGUUCGAGUCGAGUCAGAAAUACAAAGAGGGCAAGUUCAUAAUAGAACUGGCUCAUAUGGUUAAAGAGAACGGUUGGGACUGA